AUUCGGUUGGCAAUGUCUGAUAAUAUCCCCAUACAAAGCUCCUUCCUCUAUGACUCAAGCUGGUCUCAGGACCUUGACUCGGUGGUACUCGGUACGUUGAUAAGGUUGAAACGUGCUAGUGGUUGUGAUGGGACCCUGUAUCCCAGCCAUUUCUUGGUGGAGACCAAGCUCGCAAUCGAAGCCAAGUUCGGCUAUUCAUUUGAGUGGUUCAAUCUUGUUAAUCGGAUACACUUCUUGGAAAAACGCUACAAGACUUUCACUGAGAUCCAACUAUUGGAGGGAACCUCCUGGGAUACGUCAACCAACACGCGAAACCCGCUGCUAGGAGCUUACCAUCAACAUGGUGACCCCGCCUACAAACAACUAUAUGAGUUGUUUGCACUGAAUGUCAUCAAAGAAGAGAGUGAGCCCACCGUCAUCGUGCUAUCAGAUUCUUGUCAACCGGGAGGUCAAAUAGGUUCUGGGCGGGGGGUUAUGGCACCACCCAUUGAUACCGGCGAGGUAAAUAGCGACCAUCAGUUCUCCCUUGCCAGGCGGAAGCUCAUGUUUGAAGAGGGUGGCCCUUUGGACCGGGAAUCCACGAACAAGAAAUAAAUACGCUACUAUGUCCCAGAUGCUAAGGGUAAGCUCGAAAGAAAGGUUGAGAAAAAGGGGCCUCGUAUAUUACCAACAGAGUUCCCACCCAACAGCCCGAACUAUGCCCUCUCAUGUGCAUCAAACAGUCCAGUCCCUAAGUGGAGGAUGCCAAACCUAACAUAUAACGGGGUCAUUUAGUUUCAAAAGCUUUUGACAGACACUUUAGUAGUAUGGCAGAUGCCUUCAUUGUCGUCUCAUGUAUUAGAUUAUUCAUCUUAGUAGUAUGGAUUGAAUGUCAUUGUUCUUGCAUAG